GACUCGCCCGCAUGCGCACACGGAGGCUAUAAUUACAGACGCGCACGGCUGGCUGCGCAUUGUAAUUACAAUGGAGCAGCUCUUUGUCGUUAUCCCAGUGCUUGUAGUAGUAUCCACAGAAGCUCUCUCAGGUGGCUAUGUUCUUUGUUUCUCCACUCAUUUUGGAAUCCUUUUUUAUGGCAGCAUGUGCACCCUCGAGAAAUGGUAUUGAGCUCUCAUCCAGCGUAGACAGUGAGAACAGGACUGCAGCUUGUCCGAGAGAAUCUGUGAUAUAUACAUGUACUGUUCCUAACACUGGUGUUCUGCAAUGGGCAGUGGAGUCUUUCCACACCUUUGAAAGCAACUCCAUCAUACUUAGUGUUCAGCAUGACCCAGUAGGAACAGUGGUGGAGGAAGAAGAAGGACUAAUUAUUGCUAAUGUCACUAACGUUGUCCCUAAUAUGAUUUACCUGGGACAAAUCACAUCUACUCUGACCCUCUUAGCGCAUGAGAACUUCCACAAUAAGACAGUGUGGUGUGGCAAUGGCGCCUCAGAUGAAACCGAGUCGGCUUGCAUUUUGCACCAUUAUGGAGUUGCUCCAUCAAGCCCACUCUCUCCCAUUUACACAACUACACAUCAUGACAUUGAGACUUUCACAGUUCUGUUGGAGUGGACAAGACCACAGAGCGAUGGUGGACUGGGAAUAUCGAAUUACACCACUACACUAAGAUCCCUGUAUUCCCUACACACCCAUGUAGGCAGGCGAAACAAUUUAUACCUGACAUUACUCUACAACCAAAUGUACAUAAUGCAAAUUACUGCUACAAACUGUGGAGGAAUGGGCCCACCUGCUAACAUUACUAACAUCUACUCUGUGAGCUGCGGACUUCCAGAUUUGUUAUCAGCUAAUGCCAGUAACCAGGAAAUUACUGCCAUAUCCACACAUGAGGGAAGUCAAGUAAAGUUUGUGUGUGCUGAUGAUGAGGAAAUUGUCUUGAAAUGUUCAAGCAAUAGCUCCUGGACUCCAGACGCAUCGGAAAUCAAGUGUUCGAACAUAAUUUUGAGUGAUGCAGCACACUGCAGUGCUCCGAUGCUACCGCAAGAUUCACACAUAGAUAAAGAAAGAAGUGUUCUUGGAUCAGUGCUUAUCUACCAAUGUGACAGGGGAUAUGUACCAACUGAACUGAUGGUGUCCAAGUGCUCUUCAUCUGGAGAAUGGACACCUAAUGUCACUGAGCUGGAGUGCACCAAACAAGUCAACUGUGAAAUUCCAGUUGCACCACUGGGUGGUACUCUUCACCACACUGGCACUGAAAGAGGCUCAAAGGCUGUUAUCGAAUGUAGCGGAGGUUUGGAACUACAAGGAAAUGAUGUGAAUCGUGUGGCUGUGUGUACAGCCAACGGGACCUGGUUCCCUGAUCCUUCCAGUCAGAGAUGUUUUGAAACAGAGACAUACUUUUCCAACAACAAACGUGAAGAUGCUGUUUACUUGUAUCUUAUCACUGGAGGAGCUGUGUUUUUGGUUUCGCUUCCUUUGGGAAUGUUACUUAGUUGUUUGUACUCUCAAUAUCAGAAGCGAAGAGCGAAUCACAGGAAUAAACAACUCCCUACAUAUGAGGAGGUGAAAGUGAAAGAUCCUCGGAAAAACAAGCAGAAACUUCUAAUGUUAUGAACAUGAUAGAGAAUGAGGCAUAUUCCAUACCAAAAAUUUAACAAUGAAAAAUUGCCCACGCAGCAAACACUGAUGCUCUAGCACAUGCGCAUGAGACCACUAGCGUUUCUGCGGGCGAGACCGAGACACUUUCAUUGGUGUCUGGAUUAGAGGUUCCAAUGUAUAUUAUCUUUUUCAACCGUUGGCUCAUGUAGCAACGUGGUUGUUUACAAAGACUGCUAAGCAAGGAGCGCAGACAUCAAUCGAGCGAGACGCCCGCGUUUCGCUCACGGAGAAAAGUCAGCGGGAACUUCUGCGUGUGGUCAACCUGCAGUAAGUAUUGAGCCUCGGCGCACCCACCCCCCCUUGAUUGUAGUACCACUGGGAGACCGAAGAGACCGGUACGGAGCUACUGGAGACAAUCGACCAUAUAAUUUACCGGUCAUGCGUACCAAGGACAUGCAGUGAGUCAAACAAACUUUAGCUGGUUGUUCAACUCAACGAAAAAGGUUUGCAUGAUCCCCAGCAAAUAAUCCCUUUGUGACACAGGUUAGGCCCCAUGCCCUCAAGAUUAUUGUAUGAUGAGCCCUCUAAUAUACAUGCAGAAUGCCUACAUUUUACCUCAGUACUCGCAUGCAGUGUUUUUGACUUCGCAGGAAAAACAACAUUGGAGGUGGAAACAUGAGUAAUUUUUGUUAUGUGUAACAGAGCCCUCCCCCUCAUAGCAUUACAUCAUUAUCUGAUCAUGACUCCAAUUAUCGCGCCGCAAGCAGCACGGCCAUUUAAUCCUGAUAACGCUCUGUGUAAAAGGACACACUAUGACACAGUACAGAAUCCUGUUGAUGCAAACUCUUUUGUUCUCUCUUUCGACGUCCUUAGUAACAGGUGUUGAUUAUCUCACAGGUUACUGUGGGGAAAAUGUUUCCCAGAUACUGGAAGUAGCUGGUACUGUGGGUGGGGAAAUGAUUUCUGGUGAUGAGAGGGUUCCAUUCAGUAGUCACAAGAAGAUCAUGUUUCUUAUGAAUUUUCAGAUUAUAUUUGAAAGUACUCAAAUUUAUAAUGAUACUCGAUGUAACUACACACUCAAUAUAACGAGUGAGAUAGGAUAUGGAACCCAUCACCUUGUCAUUUCCAUUGGAGAGGAAUACACAGUCUCUACGUACCGAAGUGAGUUGUCAUAAUUAUCUUGAACUCUAAAUCUAGAACUCCCAAGCCUUUCUCUAAGUGUGCAUGCAUAUGACCUUUGACCUGGAAGAGAACAGUAAGCCACCUUUUCUCUGUUGGUAGCAUUGCAUACGAGGAGAAAUAAUUCUUUGAAAGAGGCUUAGGAAUACAUCUUUUGCACUAAAACCCUCUCCAGCUACAUGAACACCAGUCCCAGAAGAUCCCUUAGGGAGUGACAAUCGUAAUUAUUCAUGCGUGUAUUAUUGUUCACAAAAGCUUUUUGUAUGUAU